AGAGGGCAACAGAAAGGAGACAGGAUGGGAAAGUUUGCUUAGUGGAUCAUUGUAUUUAAUCUGAAACGAAAUAAUUAACGAUUAUUUCCAUUUAAGACAUUUUAAUGCAAAAAGAACUGGUUUAAUUUAUGAGGAGCAAAGACUCCUAGAAUGUUCCAUAUGGUUUCAUGCAAACAGUCCAGGCUUGUGGUUUCUGAAGAUAGUAAGUCACAGAAGUAAAAUUAAUUUCCAAGUAACUGUAAGCUUUUUUUCCAUUGUAAUAUUGGAAAGAUGGGGCCUGACUUAAGAUGACGUUUGUGGGGGAUCACAAGCAACUACUUUCAUGGGAACUAGAGUGAAGAAAACUUGGAACUUUUUACAGUCUUUGGCAGUCAAACAAAACGCAAGAACAUCUUAGAGGAUUUAAUUAAAAGAAUGCUGAUGUUUGACCCUGUCCCUAUUAAGCAAGAGGCCAUGGAUCCUGUCUCAGUGUCAUAUCCAUCUAAUUUCAUGGAACAUAUGAAAUCCAACAAGUACAGUGUCAUUUAUUCUGCACCGAACAUGUUACACAAUAAAUUCUACCCGACCUCGGAAGGCCUUCCUUCUAAUGGAAUCCAGAUGGAACCAGUUGAUCUCACAGUGAACAAGCGAAGUUCCCCACCUUCAGCCGGAAGUUCACCUUCCCCACUGAAAUUUCAGACUUCUCAUAGGCGAGCCUCACCUGGAUUAACUAUGCCUUCACCUAGCCCACCUAUGAAAAAGUUCACCCCACCUCCGCCUGGUGUACAGCCCUUCAGCGUGCCAUUGUCAAUCCCUCCCGUGAUGGCAGCUCUUUCUAGACACGGCAUUCGAAGCCCUGGGAUCCUUCCAGUUAUACAGCCGGUUGUUGUGCAACCUGUACCUUUCAUGUACGCAAGUCACCUUCAGCAGCCUAUAAUGGUGUCUACUGUUCUAGCUGAUGAAUUGGAAAAUACAAGUAGCAUGCAAGUACCUGUAAUUGAAUCAUAUGAGAAGCCUGUUUUACAGAAAAAAAUAAAAAUAGAGCCUGGGAUUGAACCACAGAGGACAGAUUAUUAUCCUGAAGAAAUGUCACCCCCACUAAUGAACUCAGUAUCCCCUCCACAAGUUGCAAUGUUGCAAGAGAACCACCCUUCAGUCAUAGUACAACCUGGAAAGAGACCCUUACCAGUGGAGUCUCCAGAUACGCAAAGAAAACGCAGGAUACACAGAUGCGAUUAUGAGGGAUGCAAUAAAGUCUACACUAAGAGCUCUCACCUGAAAGCCCACAGAAGAACACAUACAGGAGAAAAACCCUACAAAUGCACAUGGGAGGGAUGCACGUGGAAAUUUGCUCGGUCUGAUGAACUAACAAGGCAUUUUCGAAAACAUACUGGGAUUAAACCUUUCCAGUGCCCAGACUGUGACCGAAGCUUCUCUCGCUCUGAUCACCUUGCUCUCCAUAGGAAACGCCACAUGCUAGUCUGAACACAUCCAUCUCCUGGAUCAACUCCCUUUUCCACCUUCCGCCGUCUCCCUCCCUUUCUCUAACUCAUUUUUUUACAUGUACAUUUUAAUUUUGAUUCAGCUGGUCUGAAUCACUGAGUUUAUACCAUUAAAAACUUCCAUGUGGUCAGUAAUAGAUGGUAUCUAACCCUCCUUUCUCCUUACCACGGGUCAGACCUAAAGAAUGUGAACACUUUUUUUUUUUCUGGGGAUGCUAAGCAAACCCUUCCUCUAUAGACAUGUUUAAUGUACUGCAAAUAAGGGAAUGUGUAAAUUAACAUAGCCAUUUGUCGGUUUCUCCAUGUAUUCAGUCAUCAUAUAUCGACAAACCAGUAAAUGUAUUAGAAAUACAA